UGUAGGUCACCGAGAAAGCGAUGCGCCAUGCAUGGCUGUUGUAGACUGCGUCGGUCGGGAGGAGGAGAGCUGGAGAGGAGACUGAGUAGAGCCUCGGAAAUAAGAGAUCAGACUAACACAGCAAGCAGCAUGCCGUUUGGGAUGGUAACGCUUUCCACUGUCAGAUACCAUCAUCACUAAGCACUGAACACAUCUCCAAAGAGGAGGGUAAUGAUGACAUCACAAAUUCAGACUGAUACAGUGUGAUCCAUCAUUCCUGGCCUGACAUUGACAUGGCAACAGGCAGGAAGGGGUCGACCUCGAAGGGAGGAAGCGUGCGUUUCCCUGACGACGAGGAUGCCAUGGGCUCCCCUGUUCACCGUGAGGACAAAGCCAACGAUUCGUCCAUCCCUGCUCUCCCAGAGCCUGAUGGGAACUUCCUGGUUAAGGUAGGGUUCCUGAGGAGUCUGCAUCGUUAUGAGAUCGUCUUCACCCUCCCAGAGGUGCCUGUGCUGGGGAAAGAUGUGUGCUCCCUCCCUUCCUCCUCAUCACCGACGCCCAGACCCCUUCUCAAAGUCAACCGUGUCACACCUACACCAGAGGGUGGGGUGAAGGUGACGUGUGAGUACACCACCCACCAGGAGGGGGUGCUGCAGGAGGAGCUGACCCUGGUCAGCCGGGGGAAGAAGGACCAACGUCUGCGGGUCAGGCUACAGGCCCGGGUCAUGGAUCGUCACCAUGGUACUCCUAUGCUGCUGGAGGGGGUGCGGUGUCUGGGGGCGGAGAAAGAAAAAAGGAAAUGAGCCGUCCAUCCCUUUAUAUCUUACUCCUCCUGUAGAGACCAGCCAUCAUCCGUUCCUUUAUGUCUUACUCCUCCUGUAGAGACCAGCCAUCGUCCGUCCCUUUAUAUCUUACUCCUCCUGUAGAGACCAGCCAUCAUCCGUUCCUUUAUAUCUUACUCCUCCUGUAGAGACCAGCCAUCAUCCGUUCCUUUAUAUCUUACCCCUCCUGUAGAGACCAGCCAUUGUCCGUCCCUUUAUAUCUUACUCCUCCUGUAGAGACUAGCCAUCGUCCGUCCCUUUAUAUCUUACUCCUCCUGUAGAGACCAGCCAUCGUCCGUCCCUUUAUAUCUUACUCCUCCUGUAGAGACCAGCCAUCGUCCGUCCCUUUAUAUCUUACUCCUCCUGUAGAGACCAGCCAUCGUCCGUCCCUUUAUAUCUACCCCUCCUGUAGAGACCAGCCAUCGUCCGUCCAUGUAUCUCUUCCCACCCCCUCCUGUAGAGACCAGCUGUCGUAGUGGAACAAAACCAGCACUUACCUGCACUUAGCCACAAACAUGCAUGCACCCGUAGUGGCACACACACACACACCCGAGGAGGCUGAUGGGAGGUGCUAUAGGGACGGCUUAUUGUAAAGACUUGGAAUGGAACAUCUGGAACGGUAUCAAACAUAUAGAAACCACGUUAGACUCCAUUCCAUGAAUUCCAUUCCAGCCAUUACAAUGAGCCCAUCCUCCUAUAGCUCCUCCCACCAGCCUCCUCUGACACACAAACACACACACUGUUCUUUUGUGAUUAGCCCUGUAAUGAAGACCAAGGUGUCCAUGAUCACUUAUAGUUCCCCAAAUCUAAAAUGACACAUUGCUCAGUGAGGGAGCCAAUGUGUUUCCAACCUCCACUGUAGGUCCAUUAUAUAACCAGGGACUGCAGCUCUUUGCUUCUCUUCCCUUCUGUCGUUCUGCAACAAGAGCCAAGCGUUAACCAGCCUUAAACGAUCAGAAAUAUGAUUUAACAUUUGAAUUAUGCACGUCAAUAUAACCUGUCAUUGUAUUAUGAUUUACACUGAGUGGACAAAACAGUAAGAACACCUUCCUAAUACUGAGUUGCAUCCCCCAUUUACCCUCUGAAUGUCACACAUACACAAUCCAUGUCUCAAUUCUCUCAAGGCUUAAAAAUCCUUUAGCCUGUCUACUCCCUUUCAUGUACACCGAUUUGAAGUGGAUUUAACAGGUGACAUCAAUAAGUGAUCAUAGAGUUCACUUGGAUUCACUUGGUCAGUCUGUCAUGGAAAGAGCAGGUGUUCCUAAUGUUUUGUCCACUCGUUGUACAGGAUGUGUUCUGUGUGAGUGCCACCUUUACCAACUAUGUAAGAGUAUGCCUUUUAAUCUGUGUCCUGCAAAACUGUCUCUGUAUUGUACUAGAUUCUCCUUAUAUCUCUGUCAGUAAAUAAAAUAUCAUGUCAACUGUAAA